AUAAGUGUAACAAUGCCCUACAAAGGCAAUUCUGGUAUUUUUUCUUCUUACCAUAACACUGAAUUUCACCGCUUUCUUUCUAAGCGGUCACACUAGGGGGAAAGUAAGAAGAAGACCACCUAUAUUUCUAUGGUGCUUUAGACAUAUUUGGGAAAACGUAAAUAAUACAUAUGAAAAGCCGAUUUUAGUUAAUUGACAUCCCCAUUCCGCACUACAACAAGUCCGGUGCUUGGGCAUAAAUAAAAACGCACCAACGUCGAACCGGAGUGAAAGCGUAUCAGUGAAAAACGAAUAUCGAGAAGCAGGAAAAAACACCGAAACUGAAACGGAAUAAGCGAAUAGAGAUAAGAAACAAAAUACAAAACUCGCAGUCAGCGGAAGCGGCGACAGCAGCUCUCAUUGUUCCAUUAAAUGGAUUAGAGGGUAUCGGUCGUUCAGAGCGGGCUUAUAGCAAAUAGCGACAACGACGACGACGUGGACUGAACGAAGAUUAGGAGAGACAGUUAUCAGUCAUGUCAUCGGCGGUGAACAUACAAAUCGUGUCAAUGCCCAAUCUGGCCAAGAUCGAGAGCUUCUUCAAGGAUGUUAGUUACAGGGAGACUAUCGAAUAUAGCGCCAAUUUCAACACUCGGCUCUGCAUUGAGCGACGGCUCCGACUUCCGUUUCUCGAUCCCCAAACAGGUGUAGCCCAAAGCCACUCACAGUUGUUCAUGGAUAAGCGACAACGAAUGCCGGGCUUUCGUCAGGGCCAAAUCUACACUUAUCCCGCGGCGCGUUGGCGCAAGAGUCGUCGACAGUACUUGACUAAAAUGUACAGCAGGUUUCCCGAGCGCCCCUUUCAGGCGCUUCGUAAGGAGCACGAGGCUCUGGUAGCCAGUGGCAUAGGCGGCAGCAAUUUGGGGCUGCCCAUGGCCAGUAAUACAACGGCCAUAGGCCACAGCAUGCUUACUGGUGGAGGGACUGCAUCGCCUGUGGUGCUGCACAAUGAUGCGACACAUGACUUCAAUGGCGCCUUCUCAUUGGAAGAGUCCUCGUCCUUGGGCGCUGCUGGUGGUGAUACAUCAGAUAGCAAAGAUAGUCAAUUGCAAACUCAACAGCAACAACAACAGCAGCAACCACACCAGCAGCAACAACAACCACACCAGUCUAAGGAUGAACUGCCUAAGGAAUGGUUUUAUGAUGAUAUGGACAUGAACGAUGUGGACUCGCUGGAGGAUCCGAAAUCGCCAGCGGACGAUGAAUACGACUAUGAUCCGCGUUACGGCAAUAAGAAACGACGCAAGCGUCGACCGGGCAAGAGAGCGACAACCCUAACAGGCGGUGACUCCUGCGGUGGCUCCAGCAGCACUAGUGGGCGACGUCGGAGCGGAGUUCCACGCACACGAGUGACCACCACCGAUGCAGCGCUCGAUGCCUCACUGGAGGCCAUCGAAUCCGGUGACAUAACGGGCACGCCGACCUCGAGUGGGGGUCGACGCUCGCGCGGCGCUGGAACUCGUGGUCGACGGCGGGCCAAAGGCGCUUCAAGUUCCUGCGUGGCUGGUGGAAUUGGCGGCAGUGGCGGUGGCAGCGGUAGUGGUGGCGGGACAACGACUGCCACAUGUGGACCGCACAGUCCCGGACUUGUUAAUGAACCGCCCUCCUUUGAGAGUGCUGCCGCAGCAGUGGGGGUCAAUGUGGGCGUCGAGGAUGGCAAUGCGCAUCUGCGUAAUUAUCGGAAAUAUCUGUAACGCAAGGCGAUGGCAACGGCUGCAAAGGAACGUCGUGUACUUCAGAUGUAGAUGAAUAUUUCCGCACAGAACAUAAAUGGCGGAUAGUGAAGAUGAUGAAUGGAUGACGCAGGCGGCGGCGCCUUUUUUUAUUAUCACCUACUUUCACUCGACACGUAAAUGUUAGUUACAUUGUUUCAAUGGUGAUUUUCUUUGGCAAAACGUAAUCUUAGUUAGUUAGUGAUUAAGACUUAGUUUAUUUGUUCCUUAACUGCGCAGGAACGCGCUAGAAAAAGGCUACAACGAAAGCUCUCACAACAAUCCCAUACAACCAAACCAGAACCAUCCCAUAAUGUUGUUGAUUGAUAAAUUUGGAAACGAAUUACCUUAAACUUUUGAUUUCAAUUUAAAUACCCCAACGAAUGAUCAAAAAUUUGAUGAAUAUCCUGAACAUUGUCAACUUCAACAAUCCCACACAUAUUUUGGCCUCAAAUUCUAUUGAGAAUUUGUUUGCCAUGCUACGCAAACGUAAAACAGAGUUCUCUAAUUGUAUGUUCCCGAUCCCAUAGCCAAUUGAUUGUUGAUAAAAAAUAUUAUAAUGCUGAAUGUAUUUCUUUAUAUACAUAUAAGAGUGUGUGUGCGUGCGUGCGUGUGCCUGAGAGAGUGCCUGAUUUGAUGAGUGUCUGAAAUAUGCAAUACAUUGAUUUAACUUUCUACUUAAAUCAAAUAAAACAGGAAGGCCCAUCGCCCAUUUCUGCUGAUUUGGAGUCAAUCGGAAAUCUCUACGAUAACACAAAAAUACACAAAAUGUACAGAAUUGCAUCUGUUAUCUGUUUUGUUUCGAAUUAUCCCUACACUUGUACUCUGUUUGGCUCCAGGCAGCAGAUUUUGACUGGCGUGUAAUAAUUUCAACAAUAUCAACUUUUGUUCGAGCAAACUGUGUAAAUUUUUUGAAAUCAAAUCAAAGACAAACACAAUUUAGAUAAAAACGUCGUUUAUAUCUUAUA